AGGUAAAAGGCUGUGUCCCGUUCACCUUCCCUGUGCUGUGUUUGUACUUCAUUUUCAUUCCCACUAUUGUACUCCCCCGUUUUCCAGGAUUCCUUUCCUGAAACCUGUUAGGAAACCGGGCAAGGGUUUGUUCUCAUGCUCUCAAAUCCCAUCGCCUCUCCAGCGCUGGCCUUGCUGACUGGACCAAAGUAAAAACAUUUGUGGUGGGUACUUUGUAAAGACCUUUGCCAGAGGUCAAGGAGCACUGAUAUUUCUUGUUACCAAAAGCUUUCCAGAGUGGCUGGACGGAGCACUGUAGCACUCAGGCUACACCGGAGAGCAAAUGUAAGGAGCCUCUCCUCCCCAGCGCCGGCCGGGCUGGGCUCCGGGGCAGCCCGGCCGUCUGGCAGCAGCCCGGGAGAGACAUGCUGUUUUGUUUAAAUCCUCCACAUUCUUUGCCAUUUCCCCAUUGGCCGGAUGGGGCUACCCUCCCCGCGGCGGCCGCUGCUGAUGUCAGCCUCGCUCGCGCUGGCUCCUCCCGCACUCACCUCCCCGGCCCGAGCCACACUGCAGCUCCGCGCGGACUCUCCGGCCCCGGCGAGGUGGCUGCAAACUCGCAGGCACGCUCGGCGCUCGGAGAGCUGAGGGACUCGGAGGAGGGGACGCGCGCGGAAGGCGCCGGCUAGCUCGCUCACCCGCCCCUCGCAGCGCGAGCGGAGGUUGGAGGAACCCUCGGCCCCAGCCGGGCAGAGCCGGCGGCUUCCCCUUUCCCCCCAGUGAGCUCCGGGGAGCUUGGAGGACCGGCCCUAAAAAGAGCAGGAAAUCUUGUUUACCGCCCGGGGAGAGGAGCCGGUCGAGCCUUUGUUUGGAAAGUCAGCAUCUACGGCUCCGGCUGCAGUGUGUUCCUGGUGAAUUAGCCUUGGGCAGACGGGCCGGAGAAGGGGGGUCGCCAGGUUCAUGUCUGGUUUCAGAGGCGGAUCGAGCGGGUGACUUUCGUGCAUUCGUUUUAAUUUUUUGGGAAAUCUCUUUUUUCUUCCCUCGCCCGCCACCGGGCAUGUCCUGAUCUGACGGCCGCUCCUCCCGCCCUGGGCUGCAGAUCAGAGCGGUUUCUAGCGGGGCUUCCUCCCUCGGUCCCUGACUUUGAAACGCCGCGUUCCUGGAGGACCGACCUCGGCGAGGAAGGAGCGGGGGGAGUCGCGAACACCCGGACCCAAACCUUGACAUGCUCUCGGGCGGAGAGGAGGAAGCCAGAAGCUGAGCGCACAGCCGGGGCUGCUUCGCGGGCAGGCUCCGAGUGAGGGGCUCCGGGCGUUUUGCUCUGCGCCUGGGCGGCAGCCUUGUUGUUCUGGGGGGCUCUCCCCCAGCCCCCCCCCCCCGCUUCCCGCUCCGGGGGUCCGCGGCCGGCAGGACCAUGCUACUGAAGGAGUAUCGGAUCUGCAUGCCGCUCACCGUGGACGAGUACAAAAUCGGACAGCUAUACAUGAUCAGCAAGCACAGCCACGAACAGAGCGACCGAGGGGAAGGGGUAGAGGUUGUCCAGAAUGAGCCCUUUGAAGACCCUCACCAUGGCAACGGGCAGUUCACCGAGAAGCGCGUGUAUCUCAACAGCAAACUGCCUAGUUGGGCUAGAGCUGUUGUUCCCAAAAUAUUUUAUGUUACUGAGAAGGCUUGGAACUAUUAUCCCUACACGAUUACAGAAUACACAUGUUCCUUUCUGCCGAAAUUCUCCAUUCACAUAGAAACCAAGUAUGAGGACAACAAAGGAAGCAACAACAGCAUUUUUGACAGUGAAGCCAAAGACCUCGAGAGAGAAGUUUGCUUUAUUGAUAUUGCCUGCGAUGAACUUCCAGAACGUUACUACAAAGAAUCUGAGGAUCCUAAACACUUCAAGUCAGAGAAGACAGGACGGGGACAGUUAAGGGAAGGCUGGAGAGAUAGUCACCAGCCCAUCAUGUGUUCCUACAAGCUGGUGACCGUGAAGUUCGAGGUCUGGGGGCUUCAGACCAGAGUGGAACAAUUUGUACACAAGGUGGUCCGAGAUAUUCUGCUGAUUGGACAUAGACAGGCUUUUGCAUGGGUCGACGAGUGGUAUGACAUGACAAUGGAUGAAGUCCGAGAAUUCGAACGAGCCACUCAGGAAGCCACCAACAAGAAAAUUGGCGUUUUCCCACCUGCAAUUUCUAUCUCGAGCAUUCCCCUGCUGCCUUCUUCAGUGCGUAGUGCGCCUUCUAGCGCCCCGUCCACACCUCUCUACACAGACGCCCCAGAAUUUCUGUCGGUUCCCAAAGAUCGGCCCCGGAAAAAAUCGGCCCCAGAAACUCUCACGCUUCCAGACCCUGAGAAAAGAGCUACCCUGAAUUUACCUGGCGUCCACUCUUCAAAUAAGCCAUGUCGGCCCAAAUCAGAGUAACUUCCUAUGAAUAUUUCAUGGGGUUUUAUAUUUUCGUUUUGGGGGUUUGGUUGCUUUUUUUUUUUAGAAUCUUCUAAUAUAGAAAAAGACUGCUUUGUCACUCAAACAUGUUCCUUCGAUCUCUGAGUGUGCAUGUGGUUAAGUAAUUUCACAUAUAAUAUGAUUCCCUAGGUAUGCCACACAGUGUCAUAUUAAAUGUUAAGACGUAAGACGCAAAGGACAGAAGGAAUCAAUCUUCUGUAGCCACAGCUGGAAGCCAGGGAGGUAGCCUUGUUACUGGGCAUUUGAUGAGGUUGGUAUGGACGUCAAGGGUAAACGAGUGCAAACUUUGCACCAGUGUGUUACAAUGUGUGGUAAAAUAGUGAAGUCAGUUUCCUUCCAUGAAACCUGAAAUUCUCAAAAAUACUCUCAGGCGUAACAUCCCUAAUUGUUAAAUUUUGAACUGCUCACCACCGAUACUUGAAUACCAAUACUUACUAAGAUUCCUGUUUUGGAUAGUCUGACUCAGGAUUUGGGGCCUAAUUAACACUUUAAAUUUUUUGAAAAUUUUAAUUAUCAACCUAAAGAGGCUCCAAGUGCAAUUAAUGAUAACAUAUUUAUACCUUUCACAGAAUUUAAUAAAGACUCCACUUGUUUCUGUCUUUUAAUAACUUUCCCCUUGAUGCCCUCAUGGCCUCAGAAAUCUUAAGAAUUGCAUGGAUGAAUGUGACCUUAACUGACUGAUUUUGGAAGAGUUGGGUUAGGAACCAAGAGGCCGAGGUGAGGCAAAUAUCUUUUUUCUCUACAGGUACCGACAAACCUUAACUUUUCAGCUUCCAUCAUCCAUUAAAAUUCUCAGAAUUUGCAAUUAAUUGAGUAGAAUUCAUUGACUAUUUGCCCAUUUAAAGAAGUUCAAGGAUGUAGAGUAAGCUCACUGGACUUGAACACUGUCAGAAUGUCUGGUUUGGAAACUCUGAAAAUGAAAAUGGUCUCCCAUCCCCCUCCGGGUUUUAUUUUUAAUAACAUCCAGACUUCUUGGAACAGAGUGCCCUUCACUGGACCUUAGAAAAGACUGUCAUUCUCUUGCUCCUUCCUUGAAAUCCAAAUAUUGGGAAUGUCACAGAAGUCGAGGAAAUACUGUCAAGGAGGAGGAGAGAAUGAAUAGAAUUUGUAAAGAGGAGGAGUGAUAAAAGAUGCCCCUCUAACUUUCUUUUCUUCGAGUAGUGGUAAUGCAAGAUUAGAAUCAAGGUUGACAGGAGACAAGAUCAUUCAUCCAAGUGACAGAAAGAGAAAAAUCUGCCACCUUCGCACCUCACUGCCUUUAAACGCAGAAGGAAGGGCAAGCAGAAUCUAGCAUUUGCUUUUGUCCUCCAAGAGAGGAAGAGAACAAGGGAAUUGGGCAACUCGAAGCCCCCAGCUAGCCUUCCUGACCUUAACCUCCAACCUCAGGAAAGGGACCUUCCCCAAACAGAUUCCAAAGCAAACAAGGUAGACCAAGGAGGUAUUCUCCUCUCUCAGCCUCUCAGCCAGUGGACCCUGCCUGCUUCUCUCUCAGUGCUCAGCACUGUGCAUAGUGUCUUUCAAGUUGACAAAUUCUUCCAAGGUGCAGGCCCCCACCCCGUGAGCCCAGCACCAAGUGGAAAUCAUACAUCAAACUGUCAAGAUCAUUUCUUUAUCUACAGGUUGGCAUUUAGCUCAAAAAAUAAACCCAGAACUCAAGGAUACCCAGUUGCCAAUAGCUUAAAACAACUGUGCAUCUCUUCCCUAAGAAUGAUAGCCUUGUCAUAAGACAUCUUUGCAUGGUAUGGUGCAUGAUUUUUGCUUGUGGGAAAACUUAACUUUUAUUAAACCCCUUGGACUUCUCAACGCUCCCCCUCUCCACACGGUAGUACUUACUCAAUGAGAAUGUUUGGCUUUAGAAAGCAAAAUUCUAUUUUCAGAAGACAGUGAUAGUGUGUGUAUUUGCUUACCAUUGAUUUGCAAGCUGAAAUCCGGAUGGGGUGGGAUCAUUAUUUGCGCACAGAACGGAUUUAUUUUGUGCAGGUUGUUAACACAUCUGACACCUCGUUUUUCCAUUCAUACCACUGCUGUUUUCCCUUUUUGUAAAGUAGCUUCCGCUAUCAAGGUCAACAAUUCUGUAUGCUUUGGAAAGCUAAUUUUUGAUUUCCUUCUGUGAGUUUUCUUUCUCUCUUAGCCAGCACAAUACCACAGACAUCAAUUACAAACUGCUGGUGAUAGUGUGAUUUUUAGCCAUCAAAUGUGUGUUCUUAAAAUAUGUUCAGUUUUCUGUCUCCCUGUGGUUUGUAUGCAUUUAAUAAAUGGGGGAGGGUGCUUAGCUACUUUGCUUACUUAAUCCAGUCGUCACAAGCGUAAAUAACUUCAAUAUUUUAUCAAUCUUGAUUUUCAAGUGUCAUUUUACAUUCUCCAUACAUGAAUUUGUUAUUGUGGGGUACAAGCCUGCAAUGAAUGUGUAUAUAAAACGUGAGUAAUUCCUAUAAGGAUGGACAUUAAAUGGCUGCAUGAUGGAAACUUAGAAGAAAAAAAAACACACAGAAACUUGAAUUCAUUACGCAUGUUUGGGGGAAAAUAGAAUCUUUAACUCAGUGACUCCGUCUGCAAUGUGGAAACCUUCAACUUCAUUCACCAAAAUUGUAUUAUACCUGUAUAGAUAUACCUAUAUAUAUAAAUAUAGUAUGGUGAAUCAGACAAACCACCGGUUAAUCUGGUAGCCAAAUUAAAUAACCCAUAGAAGAACACAUACUUGCACACCAUCUUCAUCUCUGAUGGUAGUGAAGACCAUCAAAAUGGCUGUCAAUUUUCUUACUUUGGGUGAAUUUCUGAUGCAAAAUGCCCAUGUGCUUUUCGUUGACUGUCAUACAGCCUUGCCGCUUUGACUGUGCUUUCCCAGGAUAAGAAAGUCUCGGUGUUUUUACCCCAUAAACUUUGUCAGAAGUUAGCUCUGAAGACCAUUUCAGUUUUCUACUUUUGGGCUGUCACAAAGCAAAGGAAAAGCUUGAAAACAGGAGGCCGUGACAUUUUUCAGUGACCACCGUUAUAACUGACACAAUAGGCAUUCGUUGGUGAGUUAAUUUAUAAACCCUUCUCAUGGUUUUGCAUCUGUGUAGGUGGGAAAUGGUUUUCAUUUAUCUGCAGGUAUUUAGUAACCAUGUACUUGGUUGUGAAAAUAACUCUCUAAGGAGCGCAGUUGUGGGAAUGGAAGGCAGACACUUAAAAAACACAACACCCCCAAAAGUAAUUAUGUGGUUUUUCUUUCGAGACGCUAAUAAAGUUAGUGACCUAAGAGAAUAGAUUCUGACAUUUCUCAAGAAAUCAUUUCAAGGCUGAUAUAUUUAUGUGUAUUUUUAAAUUCUCCUUUCCUUAGCAUCUCCUCGUGGCUCAGAGACAGCAAGGUCAGUGGUUUAGGUCAAUAGGAAUUUUACUCUUCAGAAAGGGCAGAGUACAAUUUACAUAUAAUGUACUCAGCUAAUCCAAUAGACAAGAAUUCUCUAAACAGUUUUAGUCCCUUUCUGAUGGAUCAUCUGACUCAGUAGGCUAGUGGACCGUCUGCCAUCUGAGCCGUAAUUACUGAAAUUAAAAAAAAAAAUGUCUGUCCAGUGACUAACUGGUCACGGAUAGACUCUUUAAAAGUACGCAUUCUUGCUGAAACUGAACUGCUACACAAUAGCACAGCGUUGGCCUGGGGAGGCCGCACAUACCAGGUUCUUCUGUGUUCUACCUUCCAAACAAUCGGUUUGCAUUUGAAAUGCAAGUGCUUCAGCUUUGCAGGAGUUUAGUGCAAUAAGAAAAUGUGAAUAUGUUGAGAACUUCCCAGAUGCGUUAUUAAUUGUAAUUUUGUUGUUAACAAAUGCUUUACGAUAAGCCUCUUGGUGUUUUUUGGGUUUUUUUAAUCGAAAGAAUGUCUGU